AUGAGUACCACCGCCGUCAUUACGCAGAGCAGCCAGGACAUGGCUUCCAUCGGAAGUAUCAGCAUGGAACGAAUCCUCGCCAAGGAACCCGCGGCGCUGAACGACCUUCUGGAGGCAGCUCGAUUUCCAGGAUUUUUCUAUAUCGACCUUGACGGGGCGUCUACUACAGAUCUAGUAGAGGAUGUGCCGGAAAUGUUCACUCUCGUCAAGGAGUAUUUCUGCCAGCCUGAACAUGAGAAGAUGAAAAACGUCAACCCUAAUUACGACCGUGGGUACAAGAAAUACGCAGACCAUGAGUCGUUUGAGAUCGCCUUGGAUGACCAUUCCAAUGGACUUUCUGGUUAUCCGGGCUUUCUGCAAGAGCACAAGGAGCCACUGAUGGCGUUCUCUGAGGGCUGUCACCAGCUAGCAAUGGACCUUCUUUCUGCCCUCUCUGAUGGGCUCAGGCGACACGAUCCCGAUCGAUUUGAGAAUAACCAUCGGCCUGAAAUGCCCAGUGACUCUGGUUUCAAGGUGUACUGCGCACCGACCCAAGCCCGGCUAGCGGAUGUUAAAGAUAAUACUCAUACCGACGGUGGAACGCUGACAUUGAUGUUCAUCAGGCAUCUAUGCAUGCAGCUAAAGAACCCGCUGACAAACGAGUAUCAGUGGAUCGAGCAUAGGCCAGGACAAAUGGUGGUUAAUGUUGCCGAUUCCCUUCAGAAACAAUCCAACGGCCAGCUGCACUCUUGUCUUCACCGCGUAACGCAGCCAGGAGAUGGUGUGGAAGAGAGGUAUCUGCUUAGCUAUUUCCUGAGACCGGACAAGAGGGCCUGA